AAUCUAUCACUUUUGCUUGACUUAGUAUUUGCCUUUAGUCUCCCAUUAAGCAAGGCAUGUGCGCAAACGUCGUUUGUAUGUCGUUUGUACUAGGGUAUUCAUAACAUACAUCCAUUUGCAAAGCGAUGCUUGCUCGGCUACCCAGACGCUCCGUGCGCGUACCCGCGUUAUCACAAAAUCUCGGCCUGCCAUGAAGUAGGAUGAUAGUUGUCCAGAGGUCGCCUUGGUUGCAACGCUUGCUUGUCAAUAUGGGGCGUCCGCGUAUUGUGAGGACACCAUCUGAGGAGCGCGAGCGCAAGAUUAAACGUAAGGAAGCAAGGCGGGCCCGAAUACGUGCCCAGACGGAGGAACAGCGUGCCGUUUCGCGUUCAAAGCACGCUGAACUUCAGCGCCGCAGGCGCCAAGAUGCGGCACUGCGGGAACGUGAGGCCGAGGAAAGGCGACUACGCCGACAAGACCCCGUAAUUCGGUACCUGGAAGCGGCCAAACAUCGCGCCCGCCGUGAGGAUGCGGCAGUGCGGGAACGCGAGGCCGAGGCUAAGCGGCAACGCCGACAAGACCCCGCAGUUCGGCAGCAGGAAGCGUACGCACACCGUGCACGGCGGCAGGAUGCAGCAGUGCGAGAGCGCGAAGCUGAGGCAAACCGACGACGCCGACAGGACCCAGCAGUCCGGCGGCAGGAAGCGGACGCACAUCGUGCACGGCGUGAAGAUGCAGCUGUGCGGGAACGCGAGACCGAGGCAAGGCGUCAGCGACGGUUGAUAGAGCACACGGCACUAUUCGGAGGACAGAUCUUCAAUAACCCAUUUGGAUAUGCGUGCGACGUUUGCCGUCGCCUUGGUUUUAAAGCAGACCUUUCGCCUAUCUGCGUUCCUCACGUGCCUCUGCUGAGUGCCGCGUUUCCAACUGAAGACGUGCCUUCAUUCAUGCUGUGCUCCACAUGCCACAGCGCACUGGAAAUGGGUACAAUUCCUGUGCCUCAUCGUUCCACAAGCGAUGAUGAAGAUUUACAGAGUGCUUUGCAGAUCCUUGCUAAAGAAAUCUACUCCAAACAAAAUGCUCAAGAAGGCAAGGUGGACUGUUGCUUGCAGACAGAUGGCACUGGAAAGACUGAUUGCUUUGUGCAGACUGAAGAUGCCUCAAAGAAAACGUUUGAAGUGCCAACCGUGAAAUGCGUGAAGAUUGCUGCAGUGCAGACCGAAGAAUGUCCAGAAUUAAAGUCUCACAGGACCCACGUCACCAAUUGCGAGAGGAAUAACACUGGCGAAGGACCUUUUAUGCAUGACAUCUGCCAGGAGGACUUUUCUUGCGAACAAAGUCCUCGGCGUGCACCUGAGAAUUCACGUGUGGGAAAAGUCUCACGAGUGCCUGGACUGUGGCAUGCAUUUGGCUGAAGCAUCUCACAUUUCAUGUCAUCGAAAGUUGCACCUAAGUGGUGGUUAAUGCGGUUACGUGUGUGUGCCGUACGACAAUAGCUCCAUGUGCAAGAGCAUCCUCACCUAGAAUGUGAUACCCACUCGGAUGAGAGACCACAUGCCUCCUUAGUGUACGGAAAGAGGUUCAUGCAAUGCAGCAGCGUCAAGUUGUGUGAAAAGAAUGUUGCACAAGGUCUAGUACCCACUGUACUGUCUACACUGCGAAGAAGGAUGCUGGAGGAGAGUCAGACUAACAACCCAGGUGCAUGCUUGACACGGCAGCUCCACAUUCAGGGAGAGCUGAAAAGAUUGUGACCAUGAAAGGUGUAUUACUGAAGUGAGCAGCAGAAAGAAAAGCUUGGCAAGUUGAUUAAUAAAUGAGAGAAAAGGAUAGUGAAAAAGCAAGUGUAGCCGACAAAAAGAUUGAAUUUCCAGUGGUGAGAAAAGGCACCUGCUAGAGACAACAGGCCAAGUAGGGUGACUGGGAAGACAUGAGCAUCAAUUAUUAUAGCUAGUUUGUGAAUUAACUGCAGUAUCAAGAAAAUGAUAUUGGAGAAAGCAGUACUAAACUUGGGGCACGAGAGGACACAGGAUGCUGUGCUGGCUACAAACAAAGGUUUAGUACGUACACCGUGGUACAUAAAUCUUAAUGUAGCUUAAUCAUAAAUUAAUGUAAAGAUGUGCAAAAAAAGCUAAACUUUGACAUCUUAAUCAACAAGACCAUAUCAACAUAAAUGGGUGAGCACUUCUGCAGCUGCUACUUCAGGAAAUACUGCAUUAUGCAAAUUUUGUGCUCCAAGUAACUUUUUUUGAAAGUUACA